AGCAGUCGAGUAAAUAAGAUUUCAACUCUGUAGCUUCGUCUUGUUCUACGAUAGGCAGUUUGAUUUUGUCGAAGACACACCAAUUUUACCUCACCAACCUUUUCUCAUAUCACCUUCUUUAUUGGCUCAUCAUCAAUAAAAGUUGUUGGUGCCCCAAGGACAAGGUGGUUCUUUGUAUACUUCUUCACCAUCUAACGAAUAAGCGUCGCUUGACAACUACGACAAAGUAAGUAACCUGAUUCAUCAAGUAGUAACUCGAUUUCAUUUGUAUAUUGGUUUGGAGCGGUCCACGACCAGGAGCAGCAAAACGUCACUCGGCGGGAAAAACCAGAAAAUGUUGUUGGGUGAGCAGCAAACCGAAAGGGACGACGACAUAGUUGUCACGGACAAGAAGUCGUUCGAAACUUCCAAGGAACAACCAGCUCCGCAAAAGAAGGUUUCGAAGGGCGUUCUUUCCGAGGCGUCCACCACCGCGAGCGCCGACGACGGCUUGGAAGAUCCGGAACCCUUCACCUGGGUGGACUGGGUGUGCUGGUACGUGGUCAGCUGGGGAUUUCUGCUGCGGUUCCAGAAGGGGUUCUUGAAGAUCCGGAUGCCGAACGGCGUCCUCCACACCUUCGGGGACCACCGCAGCGAUUUGCAGUGCGAGUUGCAGGUGUUCCGCCCCCGGCUGUUCCGCCGGUUUUUGUUGGGGGAAAGCAUCGGCAUGGCGGAGUCCUACAUGGACGGGGACUGGACGUGCGAGGAUUUGACGUCCUUCGUGGCGCUGGUGCUCGAGCAGGACAAGGCGGGCGUCCUCGUCGGGCUGCCCUACGUGAAGGAGAUCGAGAUCAAGGUGCGCUCCCUGUACAACUACCUCUUCCGCGCGGGCUACCACUUCGAGUUCUCGCUUGCCAACGUGCAGCAGCACUACGACAUUGGGAAUGACCUGUACGAGCGGAUGCUGGACCCGUCCACCUUCAGCUACACCUGCGCACUGUACCGCAACCCCUUCGCGGACCAGCAUUUUAUCGCCGCCUCGCAGUUCGGCAAGGACAUGUCCGGGAAGAACGAAUUAACCCACCAGGCCUACAAGUCCAUUUCGCUGGACCAGGCGCAGCUGAACAAGAUCCAUUUAUUGAUCAAGAAGGGCAACAUAUCCAGGAAAAAAACUGUGUAAGUGUAACUUUCUUUGAGGAACAGCAUCACAAAUUUGCUCCGAGUGUGAUGGUGAUGGCUUCGGUCCGCCUGACUCCGCGACCCGGUGGCCUGACCAUCUGCGGAAAGGUGCCCUAUGGGUUGCGUUUGUGGUUUCGGUCGGUUUAGCAUCACAAAUUUGCUCUACAUGACAGAGAAAACCUGUCAUGCAUGGUUUGUAAGGGAAAAUACACAUGAAAAGAGGACUUCAUGGCUGUCUGGGAUGACAGGCGUAACUCUGUUGCAUCUUCUGCAACACAAAUUUACACUUACACAGUUUUUUUCUUGCAUACAACAUCCAGAGGCACCACCGCGUGCUGGAGCUCGGGUGCGGGUUCGGCGGGUUCUCCUGCGAACUGGCCAAGCAGGUGGGCUGUCGCGUGGACUGCUACAACCUCUCGGUGGAGCAACUCGCACUCGCGCGCGCCCGCGCGAAGAAAGCGGGCGUGGAGCACCUGAUCAACUACAUGCACGACGACUACCGCGCCUGCGUGCACUACUACCCGACCAAGGAGGACGAGGUACUGCGGGACGGCGUCAAGUCGGAACUGUCGGACCGCCGCAAGACGGGGAGCGCGCGCAAUCUGUGGAACCAGUACGACGUGAUCGUGUCCAUCGGUAUGCUGGAGCACGUGGGGCACAACGACCUGGUGGUGUUCUUCGAGACCUGUGACCGCAUGCUGAAGCCGGGCGGCACGGCGGUGGUCCACACCAUCACGUCCAACGAUUUCGGGUACGAGCACCACAAGGUGACCUACGGUUUCAUCCAGAAGUACAUCUUCCCGGGCGCCUGCAUUCCGGCGGUCGGGGCCAUCGUGGCGGCCGCCACCGGUCAUUCCAAGUUUGAGCUGCAACACUUCGAGAACAUUGGCCAGCACUACGCGCCGACGCUGCGCCACUGGCGGGAGAAUUUCUACCGCAACUUGGACGAGAUUAUGGCACUGAAGGACGAGAACACGGGCAAGCCGAAGUACGACAGCAAGUUUAUCCGCAUGUGGGACUUCUACCUGUGCAACUGCGAGGCGGAGUUCAUCACGGGGCACUUCGGACUGGGCCAGUUCGUGUGGAAACGCCCCAGUUCGGAGUACACCGACAAGGCGGCGCGCGACCGCAUCAUCCCGGUGCUGCCCUCGCUGUCUGCGCUCCCGGAUGACGAGGUUGACACCUACGGAAACGUCGUGGCAUCACUGUCUGGUUCCAAGAAAACGGAGUAGAGACGAAACCAGUUGACGUCAGAAAAUUAUGAUGACAACGGCGGAAGAACAUCAAGAAUAAAUGAAGACAAAAAAAUACUUACGCAGUUGUACACGAAAUAAGCGUUUGAUGAUGAUGUUCUAGUACACGUACACGAAAAUUACGCGCGGCGCAUGUUGUGCUCUACUAUUCGCAGCUCUUGUUUACUUUUGAUUCGCUCUCUCUUGAUUACUUUUGAUUGUCAACAUGUUCUCUCUCUUGAUUACUUUUGAUUCGCUCUACAGUCUCGUACAAGUAUGGAGUGGCUACAGUUGUUGAAGUACUAGCUUUUGUCCGCGGUUGUAGUAGUGUCGCAUCGGCUAUCGACACAAUUUGUCGCAGCUCGGCGCAGCUCUAUGAGAACAGGAUUUUUUUAGUAUCAGAAACCCGAAUUAUCCUGAUGGCUCUAUAUGAGUUGGCUAUUCUGGAUGCUCAUCUUUCGCUGCAGCCAAUCGCUUUACUUAUUUACUCCGCGCAAAGUAGUAAAGUAUGUGGCUCACGCUCACCAAGUAGUUCUGUAUUUGCUGUAGCCGCCCAAACAACCAGAUCAAGAACGCGGUUGCGACGUUUGUAACCUCCAGUUCGCACGGGCACGUUUUUUUUUGCUAUUAAUCUGUAUAGGACAGGCAUCUCCAUCGUGCCAAUUUUAUCGCAGGAUACGAGUAAGACUUGAGGCGUGAAGGAGGAGGAGAAGUGCCGGCUGCGCAGAACGUCCCUCCAUCGGAACGGUCACAGUUCUGACGGAGACCACCAAAAUAAACCGUAGAGGUAGAUGUCGUCAUCUGUUUACCCUGCAAGAUAAAAAUGAAAAAAAUAUUGCGCAACAGCUACGCAGCUCUCUGGUCGUUGAAGUUUUUGUGAAAAAGCUGCUGUUCAGAGAGAUUUGCUUUGUAAAAAGCUCGGUAAACUUAGUAUGGAUUCAUUCUCGAGAGGGAAAGAGAGCCAAGGCCCGCUGCCAGCAGAGAGAGGAC